UUGCAGGAUGACAUAAUCGAUGAUGCGCAGUCAUUUGUUGCAGCAGCUCAGGUUUUAAAAAAUCGUGGAGCAUAUAAAAUUUAUGUGAUUGCAACACACGGAUUGUUAUCAGCGGAUGCUCCUGGCCUGCUUGAAUCGUCACCCAUCACGGAGGUAAUUGUCACUAAUACGGUACCUCACGAAGUGCAAAAAUUGCGUUGUCACAAAAUCAAGACUGUCGACAUCUCACUAGUAUUAAGCGAAGCCAUCAGACGCAUCUACCACAACGAAUCAAUGGGGCAAAUGUUCCGCGAUGUAACAAUUGGUGAUUAA